GCAGCAACCUAAAAGGAAAGGAAAGGGUCGCUGUCAUCAAAACCCAAACGCGUUGGAGAGAGCCAGCCAACCGCGCGGCGCAUCUGGCAUCUGCUUCUUCCCUCCACUUUCUCUUCUUCUUCAGUACCUUACUUACUGUGUGUAUAUAUAUAUACCCUCCUCAGCUCUCUCAGCCUCAACUCACAACUGAAACCCCAAACACAAACCCAUUUGGCAGCAGAUGCUUAUGUCUCAGAGGCCCAACGUCCCUCACUCUUCCUCCAUAGCCUUUGCCCUCCAUUCUCACCUCCGCAUCUCCAGUGAAAUGAACCCUGCCUCCUAUUGGUCCUAACCCUAAUCUCCCUCUUCCCAUUUCCUCCUCUCCAAUUUUGCUCCUCUGUUUAACCCAUUCUUUCAUUCUUUCAAUUUUCUAACAACCCAGAAGAACAAAAAUUCGACCUUUGAUUCUCACUUGAAGAAAUGGGUGUCAAAGGCUUCGUUGAGGGAGGCAUAGCUUCCAUUGUUGCAGGCUGCUCCACCCACCCGCUUGAUCUCAUCAAGGUCCGCAUGCAGCUCCAGGGUGAGAGCAACAGCGCCGCCGCUCGCGCCCCACAGCCCAUCCACAAUCUCCGCCCCGCUUUUGCCUUUAAUUCCCACUCUGCCACUCUGGUGGGCCCACCACCACCACCGCCGGCCCCGCCGGCACGCGCGGGGCCCAUCUCAGUCGGAGUUCGCAUCGUGCGGACGGAAGGCGUCGCCGCCCUAUAUUCUGGCGUCUCCGCCACCGUCCUCCGCCAGACUCUCUACUCCACCACCCGCAUGGGCCUCUACGAAGCCCUGAAAGUCCAGUGGGCCGACCCAAACACCGGAAACCUCCCCCUGACCCGAAAAAUCCUUGCCGGGCUCGUCGCCGGCGGAGUCGGUGCCGCAGUUGGCAACCCAGCCGACGUGGCCAUGGUCCGGAUGCAGGCUGGCGGCCGCGACUACAAGAACGUGGUGGACGCGAUCACGAAGAUGGCGAGGAGCGAAGGGAUUGUUAGCCUGUGGCGCGGGUCCAGCCUCACGGUGAACCGCGCGAUGAUCGUGACGGCGUCGCAGCUGGCGUCGUACGAUCAGAUCAAGGAGGCGAUCCUCGACAGGCACUUAAUGAAGGACGGCCUCGGUACCCACGUGACGGCGAGUUUCGCGGCGGGGUUUGUGGCCUCCGUGGCGUCGAAUCCCAUCGACGUGAUCAAGACAAGGGUGAUGAACAUGAAGGUGGAACCCGGGCGGGAACCGCCGUAUAGUGGGGCCCUGGAUUGUGCAUUGAAGACUGUGAGGGCUGAGGGGCCCAUGGCCCUCUACAAGGGCUUCAUCCCUACGAUUUCUAGGCAGGGGCCCUUCACUGUGGUGCUGUUUGUGACGCUUGAACAGCUCCGGAAGGUUCUCAAGGAUUUUUGAGUUUUCCAACCCAAAGAUGACGAUGAAAAAUAAUAAUUAUUACUAUGAUUGAUUAAUGCAAUUUUCUAUUUUCCGUUUGGACAAUUCAAUAAAUUUUCUUUUUGAUAAAUUUUCAAGUAAUUUAUAAACCCA